UCAUCGAUUUAAUGUUGUCAACUUUGUCUAUGGUCUUUAGAUGAAAUUUUCGGCCAUAUCACCAUAACUGCACAGAAUGUAAUAAGCAACAUCUCUAAUACUCAAUUACUAUAGUCGUCAUGAUCCACGAUUGGAUUUCGUUAUGUUUCCUCUUGUACUGACAUCAUUAGUUUUCCCUACGUCGUUACUGCACCACAUCCAGCUGUUUGGCGCCACUCCGAAUUCAAACUGUUCUUCUGUUAGGCCUCUCCACUUUUGUCGGGGCUCCUUCUCUCGCCCUCGUAUCCGGCGCUCGGCCUCUGCUCCAACAACAACGGUAACGACAACGAAGUUGGUGUCAUUCGAGGUCUACCAAUACGAGCCUACCGAUCGACAGAGAGGUUAACAAACGAGGAAACAGCAACUGUAUUUUUUGGGACAGCAUUACUUCCCAUUGCACGAUCCGUUGAAUAAGACAGCCAGUUAACUAACUACUCAACUAUUAUUUCCGUAGACAAGAACUACCCCUUGUGUACCUGCGACUACAAAUCAUUUUUAUUGCUGGAAUAAGAAAGCUGCUGCUGCUGCUGCUGCUGCUGUAGCAGAGCUGGCUUUAAUCUUGGCAACUGCCCUGGAAUAGUAGGGUGAACCAGAUAUUUUGUAUUUUGAGCACCAGUUCGAUUACUCAUCAGCCGCUGUUUGCGAUCAUCUGAUUUUGCUGGGCCGGCCCGAAUUGGAUUGUCGUGUAUGAAAAUUAUUUUUGUGCUCAGCCGAUCGAGGUUUUCGUUAGAGAAGCGGCGGCGAUGCUGUUUCUCUUACUCUUCAGUUAACUCAUUUUAUGUGUGGAUGCGUGGUUUUGUAUUAAGUUAAAGUUCGUUCGAGCUGCUUGAUCAGCCGAUUGAUAGGCCAGCUCUACAGCAGAUCUACUGCUGUCUGCGGUCACUUUGUUAGUAACGAGUACACAUAUAAUCUGUAGUUUCGCCGUUACCUAGUGACAGCCUGAUCGUGUUUCUAUAAGAGAGCACCGUAUAUUGUGAAAUUGGAUUUUCCAUCACUCGGUCUGUGUCAAGGUUCGGAGGGUAAAUCCGAUAGGUCAAGGCAGGCUUUUUUUUCCUUUUUUUUUUUUUUAUAGUGGUACAGGAAAAAUAGUUGUAAUGGAAAAUAACUGUGAUAAAGGUACCUCCAUGCUGUGCAUUUUAUCCUUAACGAGUGACCGUGUGUGAUCCGUGCCAAGUAUCCCCGGCUGCUAGGUACAUUUUUCUCCCCCUUCUUUCUAGAUGCACAGAUGCAUAUGUCUGUAUUUAUGAGAGUCCGCGCGAAAUCAACGCGAAGAUUAACGGUGUUAGAAUUAACGUUAGUGAAUAGAGAUACGUUUUAAUUGGCUGCCCGCAAUGGAUGACGUUUACAAUUCGUGUUUUAUAGUUGUUUGCUCGAGGAGAUUCAUGGCCACCGAAUCCAGCGGGAAGCUGUAACACUUGAGUAUCCUUCAUUGUGCUGAACCAUUUCAGCUUUAUUUAACAAAAUGAAUUGGUACUAAUACACGAGUGACCAUUGCAUUUGAUAGAGUCCCUCUCGCUAUUAAUCAAGCUGGCUAGACUCUGCAUUAUUUACCUCUCACCUUGUUGACGACUACCGUGCGCGGAUCCCUGCAGCGACGAAGGCUUGCUCUCUAUAACAAUAACAGGACGACCUAUUCAACGGUCAGCAGAAAGAUAAAAGGCAAUAGAGACAAACGAGCUAAAAAAACGUAGUCUGAUAAAUGCAUACACACGGAACAAACCAUUACUGGUCUGCAGGUUGUCGUUCUGUUCGUCGCUGCUACGGCUGCAUACGUUGUUGUUGUUGCUGUUGUCAGGGGCGUUGUUGACGCUAACAUUGUUGUUGUUGCCUACUUCCCGUUACCUGGUCGUUCUUGCUACCGUUGUCGUCACUCAGAUCAGCAAAUUUUCGAGCAGACCGGUUGUUAAUGCCAAGGUUUGCUCAGAUAAAUAUCUGGCUGCCGUCAUUUAGACGCGACACAAAGCCUGUAGCAGUAAGCGAGUGUCAUAGCUCGCGCGCUUAAUUCGUAGCAGGACCAUAGUGUGUCGAUCGUGCGCUGUACAGUGGUAGCGGUGACGCCACUGGCAUCAACGGGAGACACGCAAGCUGAUGCUGACGCUGAUCCUGGUAGAUCAGCAAGCGACGAGCACCAGCACAACGGCCUCCGCAAUCGCUCACGAUGGCUACCGAGAUAGUGUUCCCGCCAACACCUGCAAGGAGAAUAUCAGCAUUGAAAGCAACAGCAUCAAGAACUGUCGUAACGGCUACGACACCAUUAUUAUUGGAUACCUGUAUCAUUUCUGUUACUACUAGAAAUUCAAGCGGUAGGCUACGGUAGGCUUCAGUGUUCCAGAGUAUAACAGGGUGGGGCGGUAAAGCUUCCACGGCCACUCUUUUUUUCAGAAUCGCUAGUCUUAUUACGUAUACGACGCCGGCAAAGCUAUAGCAACGUACGACAACCAUCUCGGGCCAUACGGUCAGAGCGGCAACUGAAACACCGAUCAAAAUAUUGGGAAUAGCCGGCAGCACUACGACAGGACCUCACAAUAAGUCUUUUCCCCCGCCCAACCGAAAGUCUCGAACUGACUUUCGGUUGGGCCUGGUCGUUUGUUUGUGUCCGCUACAAAACUAGCGCCAUUUAACCAAGUGCUUGGCAUAGGACCGCAAUCGCAACAGCUGCAGUUGCUGUGUGUGAGACGGUGUGCCUGCUGCAACGCUACAUCGGCCAAAUUGGUCCGAUCAGGAACAAAGUGUUACGCAAGUGUCUCUAGGCUCGAAUCGAAUCUUUUUCGAAAUACAGUCAGCAGCUAGAAAGCGAGUUCUAGUAGAAAACGAACGGUGACCUAACGCGACGGCUACUCGCGCGAAAGGCUACAACCGGAAUAGAAACACAACAGCAACAGGACGACAGCGGAAAAUCAGCGAUCAUUUCGUAAUAAUUCUAAUAACAACAAGCCCUCUUCAAGGUGUUGCCGUUUCCGCUGGCACGAUGUCUCCGCCAUCAAAACCGUCAUCAUCUACUGUCAUCUGAACAUCAUGGACUUCGAACAAGACGUUCCAUCCUUACAACAGGACGGGCCAGAAGUUGUAUAGUGAGCUCGAGGGCCUACUGCUUUUAGAACGAAAUGAAGACGGUGUCCUUAGAAAGCUUAGCAGUAUUCGGAAUCACCUUUCGGGACUGGAAAUAUCCUGACACAAAUGAGAUCCAGACCGGCAUUGUUUACGUUUUAAAAACCAUCUGCUCCCACGAACGGGGCGGUGAGACAUGUUCCGAAGCGUUAGCAAACCCGGAGGCAUUGCCGCCCCUGCUGGCCCUCUACUCUCGGCAGAGGGCCAUCAACCGCGAUUUGUACGCCCUGUUGGCUCGAGUUUGUCCACAUGACAAGAUGUUCGCUGUAAAGGCGCGUUUCUCUGGCGUCUUUGCUACGCCCUUGAGUGAUUUAAUGGCGAUAUCGAACGGGCAAGCUGGCCCAGUGGCGGCCGCAAGUCGGGAGGCGACCACACAGUCCAUCUUGCAAGUGCUCCGCAUAGUUCUUGCUAAUAGGCUGAACGUGACGCUCCUCAAUCGUCGCGGUCUUCUUGCAACUAUACUGAAUCAAAUGAAAAAAAAACAGUCUGGCACCAUCGAUCUCGAGAUGGUGCUUCUGGCCGAAUGCCUUGCAGCCGCUUCCAGGUCCAAGAACAGCGUAAUGCAGUUGCUGGAUCAGGGUGUGCUGGAGGUUUUACUACCGAUACUAGAACGCGGUGGGCUAUUGACCACCGAGAAGGUGCGUUGUCUUCUUGCGGUGCUGCAGAUCGUGCUCCACAUAGUGUCCUUCAAGAUGGGCCGGAAGGCUGUAGCCCGAAAGGCGCUAUGUCAGCAACUAAUGACUAUGGCCGAUUUGGUGACGGGUCAGCAGGGCCUAUUGAAUGGAACUUCCGAGAUCCUCUACAGGUGCCUGCCCCCCCUCAAAUUACCAAUUGAAAAAACUUUAAGAAGCUAUACACAGCUAUUGAGAGAGAACUUUAACAAGCGCCUUCCUUCCCCGCCAAACAAGGAUUUAUCGGAAUCAUCGCUGGUGGAGUUGUUCGAGCGCAUCACAUCAUUUGACGAAAACCUGGAGGAUUUGCCGUUUCUGGGCAACAUCGACCGUAAACAGGUUUUGCACAAAUUGGCCAAGGAUGUUGUGCGUCCCCCACCCGAAGGAGUGGAUCGGGGCGGCUGGGUAGCCGAGGCCGAAUUCUGGAUGCUCAAUCCCCGUAACCUACAGCUUAACCUAGAACCGCUCAACGUCUCCCCAGCCUUAGAGUCGGUUGCUUUGCUGAAUCAUAUGAAAGCCCACUACUCAGGCGAACUUACGAACAAGCGAUACCCAGUUGUAUAUGACGUAACCCAAGGCCCGCUGUUUGAAGAUCUCUCGUUCGAAUCCCGUUUCGAAGGUGGUAACCUACGUCGUGUUGUACAGAGGUCCUCGCGCGAAUACGACCUCAUACUGAAUCCAGAUGUGAACACAAGCCGGCACCAUUUCUGGUUUUACUUCGGAGUCAAAAAUCUUACAGCUCGCGUUGUUUAUACGUUCAACAUCAUCAAUCUCGACCGUCGCGACACAGUCUACACGAAGCGCAGUACAGCCGGCGGCCUUUCACCACUCUUAUUUUCCGAUGGUUCUUGGACCAGACUCAGUUCGCUGCCCGGCUUUAGUCUGUCUUGCUACAAGAAUCACUACAGGCAUCCUUUAAAAGGACACCAUUACUACACGCUGUCCCUAACAUUUCUUCUGCCGAGCAAUUCAACAUGCUACAUUUCAUCUUCGUUCCCCUAUUCGUAUUCGCUGCUACGAACGCACCUCUGUACCAUCCCGUUCAACAGUAAUACGGUCUUCUAUAGGGUCCGAAAAAUGUGCAACAGCGUCCUGGGUAAUAAAUGUUAUCUCGUUACGGUAACAGAUAAGUCGAAUGGCCUUACGAAUGCGAUGCAGAAAUCUGUGAUCUUCCUUUCGUCGCGGGUUCAUCCCGGCGAGACGAAUAGUUCGCAUAUCAUGGCCGGUGCCCUGCAGGCCGUCUUAUCUGAUCAUCCGGUAGCGAUCUCGUUGCGGGAGAAGUUUGUCUUCUACAUAGUGCCGAUGAUUAAUCCCGAUGGAGUAGUGUGCGGAAAUCAGCGCUGCGGUAUGGCCGGUGUUGAUUUGAAUCGGCAGUACGAAAAUCCUUGCACGGACCAACAUCCGACCGUAUUCCAUACGAAAGCCUUACUUGCCUAUUUAACAGCGAUAGGACGACCGCCUCUGAUCGUUGUGGACAUCCAUGGCCACUCACGAGCGCAUAACGUGUUCAUGUUUGGCUGUGAAGAUUCCCCAUCUCAAAGGCUUCUUCCAAAUAUUCUCCACUCGCAGCUCAAGUCGUUCAAUCAGGGUCAGUGCACCUAUAAGACAGAAGCAUCAAAACGCGGGGCGCUCCGUAUCUCUGCCUGGAAAGAGCUAAAGCUGUCGCUCUCGUACACGAUGGAGUGCACCGUGGCUGGCUGUGAUUUCCGCGGUUACAAGGGUUUUCAUUUGGGUAUCGAGCAACUCGAAGAGGUCGGGCGCGAACUAAUUUUCGCGCUUGACAAAAUCGGCACUGAUCGCGCUACCCUUGAUAUGAUCGCUGCCAAAACAGAUUUCAACUGCCACAACCAUAGCAGGACAGCAUCUCCCUGUGAAAAGGUUAACUUGAGUGAUUUAUCUAGUUCCGAUGACGAGCCGAACGUGAUUGAAGAUGACGAUUAAAUAGAAAAAUUCACAAACUCUGCGAACUUCUGCUGAGGAUUUGCUUGUUUUGGCUCAAACUGUUGAAGGAUGAACUGUAUUUAAGGAACAGCCGAUGAUCAAUGGAUUUUUAGUAGGUUAUUAAACAAGAAGGAGCUGAGUAUUUGGAUAACGAACGACAAGGCAAAGCACAGCGGAUAGAUAGUCGAACGAAGAGACAUGUGUUGGUUGAAAUGUAACGUGUGGCUACAUUUUUAAUCGUACGUAUUGCUACAUUGCUAACAUGUUCAACACAAUGAGGACCGGAGUACUGAAGUCAAGCUACGAAAAUGUUUGUCACAAUUCUAGAAAAAAGAAAAAAGCUGAAACGAUUAAUGAGGAGAGGACGUGCCAGGUGUUCGUGACGACAAAGAAAAAUGUAUGCCUUCCAAGUGCAAUAUACUAAUUGGAGUAGACAUAGUUGAUGCGUGACUGGGCCUGCAAAAAAGAAGCACACGCCAGGUGCAGUGAAACCAGGGCAAAUGGACGUCGAAAAUAUGGAGAUGACAAGUAGAGUGGGUGACCGAUUGAUAUACGUGAUCUCUCUCAUUACAUUAUUACUACUGCUAUUGUUAUUAUUAUUAUUAUUAUUGUAGGGUGCAGCGAAGAGGUAAGUCUUGAGCUCUUCGUGAUUCCGCCACGUAUAGUUGCAUAGACGUUUCUAUCAAGUUGUCGUCAAUUAAAAGAACAAGGGAUGGGUCUAUCUUCCCAAAAUCAUAACCCCACAAAACUGCUACGUAUAUACAUAUAUACAUGCAGAUGUAUAUGCACAUAUAGGUAUACGAAGAUGAUGCAAUCGUUUGCUGUGCAAUACUGAUCUAGUCGUGGACGUUGAUCUGAAUGGGAGCGGAAGGCUGGUGACUUCACAGCUGAGGACAAUUGAAUUCAAAGGACGAUGCAUGCACCGCUUGUGCAGCGGAAUUAAUCUGCAAUCUAAAUUUCCAUGCAGUGUUGAAAAAUAGUUGGUAACGGAUGUCUGGUAAGGCCGUGCAUCACCGUGCUUUGCAACCAAUGUAUGUUGCAUCUUCUACAGUUCUCAUUUUUAUAUAGAACGUUUUUACAGAGCCAGUUUUUCCGUAUCCCAUAUUUAUAAUGAGGUAAUGUUUUCCCUCCUUUUCGAGUGGUGACAGCGGAGAUCGUUUGCUUUGGAGCUUGGUUUGUUCGUUGUUAUAGCACCAGCAUCCACCGAUGAACUAUUAACGUCAUUGCGCAGAUACAUUAUAGCUACUAUUUGGAUGUAGGAAUGGGAACGUAAAGCAGAUUCUGAUCUCUUUGGUUAGUUGAAAAAAACGAAAGGUAAACAACAAAUACAAUUCACUGCUUGCACCGAAUCCCAGCUUUUUUUUUUCCAUAAAACAUAGGCAGUGUAACAUGCAGAUAUCAAUAAUAUAAUUAAUAUAAUAUAUAAUUACUAUGUAUAGAGAAAGUGCGAAUGUUUCACAUGAUUCAUAAGUAAUUUACUGAAAUCGGCAAUCUAGCUAGGAAAUGAAGUCUCUUGUCUGGAGUAAGUCCAAUGUAUGGUUCCCGAAAAGAUAGCUGUAGUCAAUUUAAGAGAAAGUCGAUAAAAGAUCCCAUAAAUAAAGACCUAUCGUGACGAAACGUUAACGUACAGCCACACGUGAUGAGCCAAAAAAACAAGACACGGGUACAAAAUCAAUACAACCACAAUAUGGUCGUAUAUUGGAAAUGAAUGAGACCAGACAGUUCAUAUAAAAGGCAACCCUUCAUUUUAGUAUACAUGAUACACGACAUGAAAAAAGUGACAAUUAUUUAAUGUGUGUGUGUGUGGCAACGAAUGCUAGCCGCUUACGGAAUACUUUGGGUAGUCGCGUAAGGUAAAAUAAGCACUUGUAGACAAAUCUGCAAAUGAUGCGUGUAAGCUGCGAUGAAGAACGCGACUGAUAAAGGACACGUUUUACGGCAGACGACAAAAAAAAUCCAGCUGCAUAGUAGGAAGAGAAAAAGCAGACAAUUAUCUUCAAUCGUUAAUUAGCGUGCAAUUGCCGCCAGUCGAACUAUCUGUGAUGACAUACAUACACACGUUAAAUGGCUUCACUGAUAUGAUUGAUAGUAAUUACAGGCUGUAUUGCGCCGAGUAUCUGUUGUACGGUGAGAGAAGCCUAUUCGGGGAGUGCACCAGUCAAUCUAUCGGCGAACGUACAAUAACCAAGAAAUGUAAAUUUGGGUAAAUUUUGGAACAUGAUUUGUCCGCUCGGAUAAUUGUAUGUAAGAGAACGGUUGAUGUACGAAUCUAUUGAUGCUAGUUAACCUAAUGAUAAACAUAAUAAGGGAGAAAAAAAGGACAAAUAUUUCUCCUCGUCUGACCCCUAAUACAUAUACAUCAUAUGUGAUCGAUACAUUGUUUAUCAGAUAUACAGAAAAGGACAUUCAAAAUCCAUGUAGUCAGGGUCACACUUAUACACACACACACACACACACAAACACGAUAUCUGUCUAGCGUAGUGUUUGUGGUAUGAAAAGAGGUGGACAAAUCUGUUCUUUGUUUUUGUACAAGAAACCACGAUGCCACAACAUCCGACUUUGACUACAGAGGAAAGAGCUUUAGAAGAAAGCGUCUCCUCUGCAGGAAAUGGUCCCAGACAAAUUGUUUCAGACUCGUUAAAGCAGGAAAACAAACACACAAAACAAGCUAAUAAAUACCAUAACACACAAUAGACCAGUUCUACGAAAGUGUUCAGCACGAGACAAUGGAGGAUCGGCUUCGUGCCGCACUGGCGUCUUCGGAAUGUGCGCAGGCGAUAAUAAGUUUCUGAACACCCCAAAACGAACCUGCACUGAGCUAGGGAACGAAAAGCUCGUGGAAUUGUUAAAGAUGGAGGAAUGACUGAUAACAAAUUUAUAAACAAGUUGAAGUUCGUCUAAUGCCAAUCAAGCACACAGCGUUCUUAGGCGAUACUAAGCUAAAUAAACAUGAGAAAAUCGAAUGAGGUAAUAGGAUAAUGUUACUCGAUUGAAGCCUGUUGGAAGAUAUCGAAAAUUCAUCUCCAUCUAGCGUCAUAUUAACUGAAACAGGUAAGCAGGUGACAUAGUUAGUUACAACUAUUGCAAGAGCGGCAAAAAGCUCUCAAACAAUUUGUUUUCGAAGCUGAGAACGGUGUGCGAACAUUGCAUCAUAUGGCUACAGAGGCUUCUGUUCAGUUUGUGUUCAUGGAAAAAUAAUCAAACAGUAAAUAUAAUAACAAUAUUAUUAAAAGCUCUUAUGUACGUGAUAUACACUAUAUAA